AGCCUCAUAGGGGGCUGCAUAUCGCUGCUGUAUCCUCUGCUUGGCGCUCUCCAGCCCUUCUCCAGUAGCUUACCUAUAGUCCAUGCUCGGGCUCCCCUCUCUCCACUGGAUCUGUACACUUCGACAUGGAUGUCCCACCGUCCCUCGACCCCGAGGACUGCUGUUUCUUGGCGCAGUGAAGAGGUUGAAGGAGAAAGGGAAGGAAUCAUGCCGGGACUGCUAAUGGAUUUAGGGAAAGAGCAAGUGACCAUGCCGUGAUCUUGCGCAUCCAGGGCCGCCGUUACCCUGUCUUGCCCAACAGCAGUAGAAGAAUUACGGGGGAAUCGAACCCGCGUACCGGGGGGAUUAACCACUGUGCAUUUUUUAAAAACAACAUGAAGAUUACCUCCCAUCAUCUGAUGAUAACCAGUCUCGUUUUCAGGUCCAACCUCAGGCUGAUCCCGCUUCUGCUGCUGUUUCUUGGUUAUUCUCGCGGGAUGCCACACGUUUUAAGAUUUGGGGGAAUCUUUGAAUCCAUUGAGAGUGGCCCCUCUGGAGCAGAGGAACUAGCCUUUAAAUUUGCCUUGAACACAAUCAACAGGAACCGCACAUUGCUCCCCAACACCACACUGACCUAUGACAUCCAGAGAAUAAACAUCUUUGACAGCUUUGAGGCCUCCCGGAAAGCAUGUGAUCAGCUUUCCCUUGGAGUGGCGGCCAUUUUUGGCCCCUCACACAGCUCUUCAGCUAAUGCAGUCCAAUCCAUCUGCAAUGCAUUGGGAGUGCCCCAUAUUCAGACCAAGUGGAAGCAUCAAGUGUCAGACAACAGGGACUCUUACUAUGUCAGCCUCUACCCUGACUUCUCCUCCCUCAGUAGAGCCAUCCUUGACCUGGUGCACUUCUUCAAGUGGAGAACAGUCACUGUGGUCUAUGACGACAGCACAGGUACAGGUCUCAUUCGACUGCAGGAGCUGAUCAAGGCGCCGUCACGAUACAACAUUCGUUUGAAGAUCCGACAGCUGCCCACAGAGACCAAGGACGCCAAGCCACUUCUGAAGGAGAUGAAGAAGGCAAAGGAGUUUCACGUCAUCUUUGAUUGUGGACAUGAGAUGGCUGCUUGGAUCCUGAAACAGGCGCUAGCCAUGGGGAUGAUGACUGAAUACUACCAUUAUAUUUUUACUACACUGGACCUUUUUGCCCUUGACAUGGAACCAUAUCGCUACAGCGGAGUCAACAUGACCGGGUUCCGCAUCCUCAAUACAGAAAACUCUCAGGUGUCAUCAAUCAUCGAGAAGUGGUCAAUGGAGCGGCUACAAGCCCCACCCAAACCAGACUCUGGCCUGCUGGAUGGAUUCAUGACAACGGAUGCAGCGCUGAUGUAUGAUGCCGUGCAUGUGGUGGCGGUGGCAGUGCAGCAGUCGCAGCAGAUCACCGUCAGCUCUCUGCAGUGUAAUCGCCAUAAGCCAUGGCGCUUUGGAGGCCGCUUCAUCAAUCUUAUCAAAGAGGCUCACUGGGAUGGUUUGACAGGGCGUGUUCUGUUCAACAAGACCAAUGGACUAAGAACAGAUUUCGACCUGGAUGUCAUUAGUUUGAAGGAGGAAGGGCUGGAAAAGAUUGGAACAUGGGAUCCACCCAGCGGUCUGAAUAUGACAGAGACUCAGAAAAGCAAGACAUCCAACAUCACUGACUCUCUGGCUAACAAAUCCCUGCGUGUAUCCACCAUACUGGAGGAACCAUAUGUGAUGUUUAAGAAGUCAGACAAGCCUCUGUAUGGAAAUGACCGCUUUGAAGGCUAUUGUAUCGACCUGCUGAGGGAACUUUCUGGCAUCUUGGGCUUCCGCUAUGAGGUGCGAUUAGUGGAAGAUGGGAAGUACGGGGCGCUGGAUGAGAGCACAGGCCAGUGGAACGGCAUGGUGCGGGAGCUGAUGGACCAUAAAGCCGACCUCGCAGUUGCUCCUCUAGCCAUCACCUACGUGAGGGAGAAGGUCAUCGACUUCUCAAAGCCCUUUAUGACUUUGGGGAUAAGUAUCCUGUACCGCAAGCCCAACGGCACCAACCCCGGCGUCUUCUCCUUCCUCAACCCCCUUUCGCCUGAUAUCUGGAUGUAUAUUCUGCUGGCUUGCUUGGGUGUCAGUUGUGUGCUGUUUGUCAUAGCCAGGUUUAGCCCUUAUGAGUGGUAUAACCCUCAUCCAUGCAACCCAGACUCAGAUGUGGUGGAAAACAAUUUCACGCUGCUCAAUAGUUUCUGGUUUGGAGUUGGGGCUCUCAUGCAGCAAGGUUCAGAGCUAAUGCCCAAGGCUCUGUCAACUCGAAUAGUGGGGGGCAUCUGGUGGUUCUUCACCCUCAUCAUCAUUUCCUCAUAUACAGCCAACUUGGCUGCCUUCCUUACCGUGGAGAGGAUGGAGUCACCAAUAGACUCUGCUGAUGACCUGGCCAAACAAACUAAAAUCCCAUAUGGGGUGGUGGAGGAUGGUGCAACAAUGACUUUCUUCAAGAAAACAAAAAUCUCUACAUAUGACAAGAUGUGGGAGUUCAUGAACAGCAGAAGGCAAUCUGUGAUGGUCAAGAACGUGGAGGAGGGCAUCCAACGCGUCUUGACCUCUGACUAUGCUUUCCUAAUGGAGUCCACCACCAUAGAAUUCGUCACCCAGCGCAACUGCAACCUCACACAGAUUGGUGGCCUCAUAGACUCCAAAGCCUAUGGAGUGGGAACACCUAUGGGCUCUCCAUACAGAGACAAGAUCACAAUAGCCAUUCUGCAGCUGCAAGAGGAAGGGAAGCUGCACAUGAUGAAGGAGAAGUGGUGGAGAGGCAACGGCUGUCCCGAGGAGGAGAGUAAAGAGGCCAGCGCCUUGGGAGUACAAAACAUCGGGGGGAUCUUCAUUGUGCUGGCUGCAGGACUGGUGCUGUCAGUGUUUGUAGCUGUUGGGGAGGUCCUUUACAAGUCUAAACAGAACGCCCAGCUGGAAAAGCGAUCCUUCUGCAGCGCCAUGAUGGACGAGUUACGUGUGUCUCUGAAGUGCCAACGCCGGCUCAAACAAAAGCCUCAGCCACCCGUCAUCGUCAAGACAGAAGAGGUCAUUAACAUGCACACGUUCAACGACAGGAGACUCCCAGGAAAGGAAACCAUGGCAUGAACGCUUACCACGCCCAGAGCUUAUCCCUUAAUAAAAACCUUGGAGGGAAGAAAGGGGGGAGAGGGAAGAGGGGUCAAAUCAAUGCUGACUUAACUAAAGACUGAGGUUAGCAGUAAAAACAGGAUUCCUUUUGAACCCAUUUGCUUAUGUAGACAGAUGUUUCCUGUGGAAAUAUAGAUACCUGAGCAGUGUCACCUCGCUAUGACAUUCACUUUUUGAAGGGAGCUGGAAGCAAAGGACUCUCUGCUUUGGGUUGAUAAAGGUUGUACAUUGAAAGCAGAUCCAAGCAGGUUUGUGACAAAAAACAUUUGUCUAGUCCACACCAGAAGUGGAUUUAAACACACAAAAUUUAAAAACACAUAUAUACACACACUCAUGCGUUCAUUUUACACGCUUAACACCUGUGCAGAAGGGAAAACUCUGUUGUGACAGUAACACCAGUUGUAGUUUUUUAUGUUGAUGUCAAUGCCCUUUUGUCUUACCUCUAUGUGUGACCCAAUCAGACCCUCCCUUCAGUGACUUGAGUUUCUUUCCAAGAAUUUGAACAAAAACUAAUCUUACACGACAAAGGGAACAGUAGUCAGUGCCAUAUGAUUUAUUAUGAACUGAUGUAUAAAAGUGAUAUUUAGUUUGCAAUCAUCUAUGCUGACCUUGUCAAAUACUCAUCAUUUUCUUCUGUAAUGCCUUUCUCGUGCCAAAGUUCUGCCAUUGUAAAGAACUUUCUAUCAUGUCUAUUAUGUUCAAAGCCUCUACAAGCAAUGUAUACUGUCAAAGUCUUUAAUCACAUCUGUCUGCAGUUUUCAAUCUGUAUCAGCCAUUGUUUAAAAUGCAGGAUUUCUACAAAAGUGUUUGUUUUUGUACAAGAACAAGAAGUUUUGUAGUACUUUGUAUCAUUGUAGCCCCUGCUGUAGACAAAAUAUGUAGCAGAUACCAACUCAGCCCCUCAAACUCUGACAACGGGCUUCAGGCUCUGCUGUGUAGGGUUCAUCUGUCUUAUUAAUCGCAGAUUCAGUUUUUUGUCUGCCAGUCUCAUGGGGCCAGCUGUACAUACUGUCUGGGGACAAUAUAGUGGAUUUUGGUGGGUGAGAGUAAUGGAAUUGCAAAUGAAGUGGUGCUCAAAACAAGAAAAGCAGUGACUCAUUCUGGGAAAAGCAACUGUUGUCCUGUCAGCAAAGUCUUACUGACAAGUGUGGGUAACUAACGGUAGCUCUGAUGAGUCACCAUGAGAGACAUAGUAAAACAUGCAAAUGUUGCAUGUGUGGAAUAUAAAUAUAAAUUUAGUUAUGUAGCACUGUCAUACAGCAAUGAGAUCUUUUUUACUAGCCUCGAGUCCUAAAAGCCAUAUUUUUCAACUGGUAGAAACAAUCAUAGUGUUGGUGAAAACAUGUUUGAAUAUUGGAGAGUAAAAAGUUAAAAAAAUAAUUAUUUAUAACAAUAAUUGACCAAAUUAAAUACAUCAUAUAAAAGGCAAAGUUGACAAAAAGAUUUUUAGAGAAAACCCUUUAUUUUAAGAGUAAUAUUAUGACACUUUUUUUCUCAGAUACAAACAUAAAUAUGUAUUUCUGCUCUUUUUAGCUGACAUCUGCUCCUAGCUAUAAACCAUUAAACUGACCUGACUGAUGUAUUGAUCUAUAAAUAAUAGCAUCAGUGCAGUAACGGUUUAGUUAAAGCCAUAUUUCAAUACAAACCAAACUGUUAAUUAUUUUCACAAAUUUAUAUCAGCAUGUAUGAUAUAACAAUGCAUAUUCCUCCCACACUAGAAGAAGGGGGAAAAUCCAUUUAGCAUUGUUGAUUUGUUGAAACAAGGCUAAAUAUUCUAAUUGGAUAGGUGGAUUUUUUCACUUAGUUAAAAAAAUAUUGCUAUUGGGACUCAGCAACAAACUAAAAUUACCUCAAAGGCAAACCUUAAUGAUUGGCAGCCUAUGAAUGUAUGAAACGGUGCAGCUGCAGUACAUCUGAUGUUAGAAUAAUUAGGAGCUGUAAGCUGUUUGCAUUUGAAACCAAGUGUUGCACCUUUGCUCAAAAGCCAGGGUAUGAUUCCUUCACGUUGCCUGUGUUGGGCUUGAUCAACGUCAAUAGUUGGUGGGCUGAGCAAAUCAUUUAUCCGCUAAUUGUCUCCAGAUGUGUAUUCUCUUCACAUAAUCACAUUUGUUUCCACACCUCCUGUCUUUUGACUUUGUUCCAUGUUGUUAAAUGACAAGCAUACUUGGUAGGUGGCUGCACCAAUUGCCCCUGUCUUAACCCAUGUAAUCAUUUGAAGUGUAAUUCCUGGGUCUUAAAAGACAACUAUUCAUAGGUGGAUGUUGGUGGCGGCACAUCCGUUGUACAUUGAUGGAUCUGUUCAACAACUAAACGAAAAUCGAGGGGGAAGACGACAUCCUUUAACCUGUUCUACCAGUGUUGCUUGUCAUUUUCCGUAUAGCUAAAUUAAAUGGUGCAAGCUAAAGUGACGGAAUACCUGGAAUCAUUCAUCAUAUAUGAAUCCAAAGGCUUGGUUGUUAAAAACAAUUGUGAGCUCAUUGAGUUUGACAUUGAUGCAAGGUUUUACAAAAAAAAGAAAAGAAAAAAAAAAGAAAAAACAUGUCAUUAAAAAUGUCAUGAUUGUAGAUUUGCCUCAUACUUUUCAUACAGCUUUUUCAUAUUUUUGUGACACAUCAGCAGACAAUAGAAUAUGUUUUAAGUAAAGCUGUUGCUAUCGUGCAUAAUGAUGAGCAUUAUAUCUUGUAAUAUUAAAAAAAUGUCAAAACUC